AUGCCGAGCGCGAGACCGCAGGAGGGCGGGACGAGCGUGCAGUUUGAUGCGCGUCAGCGUGCGUCGUCCCUGGCGCUGCUGCUGCUGCUGUGUGUGCUGUGGUACACGAGCUCGGCGCUCACCUCGAAUACGAGCAAGGAUCUUCUGUCGCGGCGGCGAGCGCCGGGGCAGGAGGUGCGGGGGCCGCCGGUGUUUCCGUACCCUGUGACGCUGACGCUCGUGCAGUUUGCGUUUGUGCAUCUGUACUGCUACCUCGGCACGCGGCGCGCGCUGCUGGGGGAGUGGGUGCUGGCCAAGCGCCUCGUGCGUGUGACGUGGCCGCAGCUGCGGGACAUUCUCCAGAUCAGCGUGUUUAAUGUGGUGGGCCAUGCGCUGGGGACGCUGGCGGUGAGUCGCGUCGAAGUGAGCCUGGUGCACACGAUCAAGGCGCUCUCGCCGCUCUUUACGGUGCUGUCGUACGCGGUGCUGUUCCGCGUCCCGUACUCGUCACGCACCUACAUCGCCCUCGUGCCGCUCAUGCUCGGUGUGAUCCUCGCGUGCAGCUCGCUGAGCAAGAGCCGGCGCGACGACAUGGUCGGCUUCAUCGCGGCGCUCGGCAGCACGCUCAUUAUCGUGGCCCAGAACAUCUAUUCGAAAAAGCUGCUCAAGCCAGCCGAUACCGUGUCCACGAGUGCGCCUGAAAAGUUGGACAAGGUCCACAUCCUCUUCUACUCGAGCGCGUGCUCUGUCGUGCUCAUGCUCCCGAUGUGUCUGUACUACGACGCGCGUCCUAUGAUCUCGCCCACGGCCCCGACCGUCGGCUUGCACGCGCUAUACCUUCUCUUCCUGAACGGCACCGUGCACUUUGCGCAGAACAUGCUCGCCCUCCAGGUCCUCGCGCACGUGUCGCCCGUCACGUACAGCAUCGCGAACCUGUUCAAGCGCGUGUUUGUCAUCCUCGUCGCGAUCGCCUGGUUCGGGCAGAGCGUCACCGCGCCCCAGUGGCUCGGCAUCGUGCUCACGUUCGUCGGCCUGUACCUCUACAACAGCGCGAAAAACGACGCGCCCCCGCCCCGUGACGCCGAGCCCGAGUCGCUGCCCAUGCACAUGCGCUCCCCGCCGCUGUCCACGACGCUCCCUCCGCGGCCGCCGCCCAUAGAGAACACGUGA